AUGAGGAGAUCUGGAAAGCAUGAAGGGGUGGGAGAAGAGAAACUCAUUGACAAUAAAAUCGACAAAUUUCUCAAGAGGUUAUCGUGCGCCGCGAUCACAAUAGCCUCCCUAACGCUCCUCUUCCUCUUCCUCCGCACGCCCGACACCUGCGUCCCCCGCCGCGCGCCGGUCAAGCCGCACCUCCGCUUCCCCAAGUCCACCUGCGACUUCACCACGCGCCUCCACGUCCCCGCCGAGAAGCGCAACCUACGCAUUCACUCCACGCGCCUCUGGAAGGUCAAGGUCCACUCCUUCUCCAUCCUCUUCCGCGACCUCCCACUCCUCCACAACCACUCCCACGUCCUCUGCAUCUCCGCCGGCGCCGGCCACGAGGUCGACGCGCUCCACCGCCUCGGCGUCGACGAAGUCACCGGCGUCGAGAUCCUCGAAUCGCCACCGCUCGUCGGCCGCGCCGAUCCGCACAACCUCCCGUUCUUCGACGGCUCUUUCGACCUCGCCUUCACCGCUCGAUUUGACGAAGCACUCUUCCCGGCGCGCUUCGCUGCAGAGAUGGAGCGCGUGGUCAAGUCUGGCGGCGCGUGCUUUGUCCUCGUGGCGGAAUGUGGGGACCAUGAGGUGAGAGAGGUGGUUGGUUUGUUUAGGAAUUCGAAGCUUGUUAUAUCCAGUAAUGUUUCUUUGACUGGAACGAGAAUGACCAGUAUUCUUAUGAGAACUAGUGAUAAUUCUUCUUGA